AUGCUAUUUACGUCCUGCGCCCGUUACGGCCCUUCCCUCGCGGUGGCGUUGGGGGGAAGUCGGAGACUCCUGUCGCCGUGCCGAGCACUUCGGCGGGGCGUGCUGCAGUCGUCGUGUCUCACGGGCGCCACGCGUUUCUGCGUCGUGGGCCGUACGCGUCCGCGACUUCAGCGGACAACGCAGGACGCAGAUUUGGUGGCCGCCUGGAUGACGACGAAGCGGGAGGCGGGGGCGGAGGAGGAGGAGGCGCGCGAAAGGCAGGCCCUCGAUGUGGAGCUUGAGCCGGUAGACUUGAAGAAGCUGACACUGCCGUUGCACUCGAUGGAGACCAUUCCGGCCGACGUUGUCGCCAACAUCGUGGCGAAGGACAAAACGAUUGUGUUCUCGCCCCAUCGGAAGCAAAAGGAUGUGACGCGUCGCCUGCUGCGGAUGAAAUACCGGUACAGCAUUCAGCCCCUAGGAAUGGUUUUGCACUUUCGCUUCUUUACGUUGGGCGGCGCCAAACAGGAGGGCGCCGCCGCGACGGGCAUCACACAGGAUCACUUUCAGCGCAUCAAAGAGAAACUUCGAACGUUUACACGCUUCAUCAUCCUGGAUAAGCGUUGGCCGCUGGAGGUGUCUUUGGAGGUGACUCCCAUCAUGCAGCGCUCACCCACCGAGUUCAAAUCGAUGGAGGAUGUGGCACACAUGCUGAGUCGCGUCAUGGCGGAGGAGCUUCACAUCGGGGCGUGGUGUGGCAUGUCAUCCACGCCUGUUCUUGCCAAAAUGGCUUGUGAGGCGAGCCAAAAGCAGAACCCGCAGGAUCCAAAGGCCGUUGUGUCGGGAGGCAUUUUGUGUAGCAGGCACUAUGACCUUCCAACUCACGAGGCGGUGAAGGAAUUUGUAGCGAACAUUCCCCUUAGCGAUGUCCCUGUCAUGGGCAAGGCACAGGUUGAGCUUUUAAAGAGCGUGUAUGGCAUUAGAAACUGUGGCGAUAUCUUGGCGCAGGAGGAACGUCUAGGUUUCAGUCUCUCCCAGCAGACAAUGGAGUUCUUCCUCUCAGUUGCCCAUGGUGCCAUGCGGCUGGAGAGUGAGAUUGGCACAACCCUGCGGCAAAAGAGCCCGCGGUGCAAGUCCGCCCAGGUCCGCCGGGAGUCAAAGUAUGGCCGUGUGAUAUCCGAGGAGCAGUUCAUUAACACCGUCUUGACGGUGUUUGACACCGUCCACAAGGAUCUUCUUCUUUACGACUUUGUGGCUGGCCGUGUUUCCCUUGACACACGGAGAUUUGUUCCACGUGUCUUUUGGGUUACGGAGGAGUACGAGGAUGUCACCCCCCGCACCAACAGCCGCGAACGCCUACGAGAGGCGGUGCUGCGUCUUGCCAAGCGGUUCGCCCCGCGGCGCACGGAGGAGCUGCUGGACAUGUACAUCCUCUCCAUCCACUUAAGCGACAUUCGUACGUGGGUCGAGGAGUACGAGGGUGGGAGCAGUGGCAACGGUAGGGUAAGAAGAGGCCCCACGGUGAGAAAAUCUGCUCCCGUGAGUCCGGAGGAGAAGAAAAAAAAAUGCGGUCGCGAAGUCCAAUGGUACGAAAUGAUGACGCCAAUAAACCUCGAGGCAUCACGGUUCUGA